UUCACGUUCAGAAGACACACCAGAAAUGAGACGGAAACAGCCGUUUGCAUCGCUGUAGAUGGAUGUUUACAGCGAUCUUUUACAGAUCUAAAAUUUGUAUAAGCAGGCCUACGCGCCUUUAUUUAUACCUGCACACCGUGUAAAAAUGGGCACCAGGCCAUUUAAAUGACUGGAUGCGCAAUUAUCUUCGCUGAACCACCACACACCAGUGAGUUUGCGAAUGUCCACCUAGUUCUGUGCAGGUCAAACUAUAGCCUAUUAUUUCUGGCUACGGUACACAGUAGGCUAUUUGUAAUUCAUGUGGUACAACUUGUAGAUAGUCGUGUACGCUAAGUCUCCUAUGUAAAGGAACUAGAUUUGCAAUCAAUUCGUAAUAGGCUACACUGGAUGAGUGCAGAUAACCAGGAUUGUUCGGGCUAUUAUAAUACCACAAUUUGUAACACUUUUGGCAUUUCAGCUGAGAUUAGUGCUUUUAUUGUGUCUUAUUAAUGUUGUAGCCUACAGAUCCCAUUUUAAAACUGAGAAUGACCUGACCUACGUUUCCGGCGAAACCGUGUAGCCUAGAUUUGAAUUAAUUAUUUUAAAGCUGUUUGAAGAAACUGUAAUUAAUUGGUAACCGAAUUGGCCAUAGGCCAGACCAAAGACGAAAUACGUUUUCUGAUAACUUUGAAGAGGCCUAGCCUAUAGCUAUCUUAAAUUACUUCUCGAUAUUGAAAGGAUAUUGCAUGUAGCCUACUCUCUUUGACAUGGCUAAUGGGAUAUGGAUGCUGUUUUGUGGGCAAUAUUUGUGUUUCAGAAAAUUGAUAAUAUCAAGUUUAAUCUUAAAGGAAAGUUCUGUUUUAUAGUGCAUGUUUCUGUCAAUUAGCAUAUUAAAAUAAAUUACAAAAGACAAUCCAUUAUUACUGCCAUCCUGCAAGCUUCUUGGAUCAACAGAAUGAUUCCUCUCUUAAAAAAAUAAAAAUGUUUAUAAAAUGCUUUCAGAAAGUGUUUUGCAACCCUCCCGACUAUCCAAACGGGAGGGUUUGCACAUAAGCCAAUAAACAUGCACUACUCAAUGCCAGUGAAUGACAGUUUGCGGGAAUUGUCAGACCGGUUGCCUACACGGGACGCCGGAACAUCCUAAAGUCAAAACUAGGAGCAAGCAAAGAACACACUGAGCCCGAGAGUUGUAUUCAGCAAGUUUGCAUGGGAAGAUCCAACAUAUUCGGGAGUGUUUUAGCGGAAGGGGGGAUCUAAUAUGAUCAGGUGAUAGAGCAACCUGAGCAUUUCCUCAGCCACACCCCUCUACACCCUGUUGCAUCAACACUGCAAUGGUAUAUGGGCAGAUCCUCCACAGACAUGGGAUUGAGGAUGACCUUAUCAACCUGAAUGUCGGUGGUUUCAGGCAGAAGGUGUACUAUGGCACCCUGUUGCGCUUUCCACAGACACGGUUGGGUCGCUUGCUCCACUGCCGGACUGAGGAGGCAAUUUUGGAGCUGUGUGAUGACUACUGUGCGGCUGAAAGGGAAUACUACUUUGACAGGAACCCCACUGUCUUCCGCUGUGUGCUCAACUUCUACCGAACUGGUAGGAUUCACUUAAUGGAGGAGCUCUGUGUCUUCUCCUUCAGUCAGGAGAUAGAGUACUGGGGGAUAAAGGAGCUACACCUAGGAUCCUGCUGUGGUAGCAGUUUUCAGGAACGCAAGGAAUACCUGAAGGACCAAGACUGGGAUCUGAGUGAUGAGCAGCAGCUCAGUAUGGACUCCUCGCUUGAGGAGCUCUCAGUCCUAGAUAAAGACCUGGAGAGUUUUGAAGGCACCUGGUGCUCAGAAGUGAGGCGGCAUGUCUGGCUGACGAUGGAAGACCCUGGUUACUCACACUGCUCCAGGGCAGUCACUAUUGCUUCACUAGGUGUGGUCCUUACCUCCAUUGUGGCCAUGUGCAUUCAUAGCAUGCCUGAAUUUCACAAGUUUGAUGCCAGUGACCGCCAUGUUGAGGACCCUGUGCUUGCUGUCCUUGAAAUUGCUUGUGUUAUCUGCUUCUCAGCAGAGUUCUCUGUUAGGCUUGCUGUGGCCCCACGCCCCAGAAAGUUUUUGGCAAGCCCCUUGAACAUUAUCGACUUUGUCUCCAUCCUUCCAUUUUACGCCACGCUUGCAUUUGAGACUGUAGAUGAGGAGAAGGAGGACCUGGAGAACGUGGGAAAGGUGGUGCAGAUCCUGCGACUGAUGCGGAUAUUCCGUAUCCUCAAACUGGCCCGGCAUUCAGCGGGGCUUCGUGCACUGGGCUCCACCAUCAGACACAGCUACCAUGAAGUGGGUCUGCUUGUUCUCUUCAUGUCUGUUGGGAUCUCUAUUUUCUCUGUCCUCAUUUACUUCAUGGAGAAGGAGGAUGAAGAGUCAAAGCUGCAGACUAUCCCGGAGGGCUGGUGGUGGGCCACCAUCAGUAUGACAACGGUGGGCUACGGGGACACAUGUCCUGUGACACUGGCGGGGAAAGUGGUCGCAACUGUCUGCAUUAUCUGUGGGUUACUGGUAGUAGCCUUGCCUAUCACUAUAAUAUUCAAUAAGUUCUCCAAGUACUACCAGAGAAACAAGGCAAUGGAUGUGGAUCUGUGUGAAAAUGAAAUGGAGUCUCCAGAACCAGAGACGUACAUGCUGAAAAGAUGCUUUCUUUCAUAGAGGAUGCUUACCCCAGGAGCAGUAAAGAAAAAGCAGAUGCCGCUAGUAUUCCAGAUAUGGAAACUGCCACUGAAGGUAGUACACAUUAGCUCAUAAGCUUUCAGGGUUAGGUGUGCCACAUGAAUGUCAACCUGGAACCUCCAUCUGUUCUUCCUUUCCUGGACAAGAGUGUAACAGCAGUCAAGGCUAAGGUAUUGCUCUAUCUUAAUUAA